AUGGGUGGAAGCCAUUCGUAUGAGAAAAAGACUAAGCUUGUCAAAGAGCUGAAAUCCCUUGGUUCAGGUGGUCUAAUGGUGAUAUGGAGGAAUGACUUAGCAGUAUUUUUAGUUAUUGAAGCUUCUUCACAGAUGAUUUUGGGAAAGAUGGAAGUCCACGGCAAAGGCAGCUGGAUUGUGGCUUCGGUGUAUGGCAGUGUAGAUGCUAACGAAAGGAAUAGUCUUUGGGCUGAUAUUGGGAGACAAUGUUCAUCUGAUCUCCCUAUGGUAGUAGGUGGAGACUUCAACUGUGUACUGUCCCAAUCGAAAAAAAGAGGAGGGAAAAAGUUUUGCUUAACUCAAGGAUCGAAGGACUUUAAUAACUUCAUGAUCAUCAAUGAUCUUCAUGAGGUGAGAUCGAUGGGACCAAGAUCAUUGUCCUUUACUAUUAGACAUCUACAAACCGGUGGAAAAGGGCAGCAGGGAUAUUCGUAUGAAGAGACCUGGGCGUCUUACCAUGGUGUUGUUUCUUUGGUGAAGAGAAUUUGGCUUAAAAACUUCUUGGGUGAUCCACCGUUGGCUCUCAAUUUGAAACUCAAGAGGACUCUGAAAGGUCUCUUUUACUGGAGUAAGGCAAAGUUCAUGAAUCUGAAUCAUUUAAGAGAUAAAUUGAAAAAUGAAAUUUUGGAAAUUCAGCUGGAGGAGGAUGAAGGGUGGAUCUCUUUUGAUAGAUUACAGCUUUUGAGGUUUAAAAUUAAUGAACUUAAUGUUACUUUGGCUAGACUCAACACUUGGUGGAGACAAAGGGCUAAAGCAAGAUGGAUGGAUGAAGGUGAUUGUAAUUCGUCUUUUUUUAAUACCUUUACCAAUGCCAGAAGAAGAACAACUGGAUUAGUCAUUUUAAGACUAAGAAUGGCAUUAUUUCGGAAGAAGAAGCAUUUAUCUAGAAGACCUUCUCAGAUUUUUUCAAGUUCAAAUGGCAACACAGAAAAUGCUCAUUAG